AAAUCAACUGCCAUUUCUUACUGAAGCGCAUAGUAUUGCCACCGAGCCGUAAGCUUUCCAUGUGUGAGGAGAAAUAAAAUCCAUAGAACCGGCCUGUUCCUCAUUAAACUCACUGAAAGGCAGCCACCACAAAAGAUACAUAUAUUGCCAGCGUUGUCGCAACGAAUCUGUGAGAUUUAAAAACGUUAAAAAUCGCCAAAAAGCAACCGCCUGGUAUCCCGCGCUUUUUUGGCAGGUGCAGAAUCUAUAAGAAGGCAGCAACAACAAAAAAAAUACCUUUGCAGCUGCUCAACGCUUGUCUUGCAAUUACGCAAAAUUCCAACACACCUAUAGCGACGAAAUAGAAAGUAAAGUAAAGUAAGAAAAAAAAAAAAAAAAGAGCGCAAAAAUGACUUCCGAUAUAGCGAUGCAACUGAUUGCCAUUUUGGAGAAGACAGUGUCGCCAGAUAAAAAUGAACUGCUGGCGGCAAAGAACUUUCUGGAGCAGGCGGCCAACGGCAACCUGCCCGAGUUCCUCAAGGCCCUAUCCGAAAUCCUAGUUAAUACGACAAACAGCGCGGUGGCCCGCAUGGCAGCCGGUCUCCAGCUGAAGAACCACCUGACCAGCAAGGACGAGAAAGUCAGCCAACAAUACCAGGAGCGUUGGCAUCAGUUCCCCAGCGAGAUCCGAGAGCUGAUCAAGAACAAUAUCCUGGCUGCUUUGGGGACAGAGAACACCCGACCAUCCUGUGCCGCCCAAUGCGUCGCCUAUGUGGCUGUUAUUGAGUUACCCAUCAACCGGUGGAACCCGCUCAUCCAGACUCUGGUCACCAAGGUGGUGAGCGAUGCAUCCAGUGAAAUGCAUCGCGAGGCAGCUCUGGAGGCAAUUGGCUACAUCUGCCAGGACAUUCGAUUCGGCGUUCUGGAAGGUCAGUCGAACGAGGUGCUGACCGCCAUCAUCCAUGGCAUGAGGAAAGUGGAGCCGAGCAACCACGUCCGCUUGGCAGCCACCACGGCUCUCUUGAAUUCGUUGGAGUUCACCAAGUCCAACUUCGAGAAGGACAUGGAGCGUAAUUUUAUCAUGGAGGUGGUGUGCGAAGCUACCCAGUGCCAGGAUACACAGAUCUGUGUGGCAGCUCUCCAGUGUCUGGUGAAGAUCAUGAGCUUGUACUAUCAGUUCAUGGAGCCCUACAUGGCGCAAGCUCUGUUCCCCAUCACUCUGGCAGCCAUGAAGUCGGAGAACGAUGCUAUUGCCUUGCAGGGCAUUGAGUUCUGGUCCAACGUCUGUGACGAGGAGAUCGACUUGGCUAUCGAAAGCCAGGAGGCCACCGAUCAGGGCCGAGCUCCACAGCGAGUCUCCAAGCACUAUGCCCGCGGCGCGUUGCAGUUCCUGGCUCCCGUGCUCGUCGAGAAACUAACCAAACAGGACGAAUGCGACGACGAGGAUACAUGGAGUCCAGCCAAGGCCGCUUCCGUUUGUUUGAUGGUGCUGGCCACCUGUUGCGAGGAUGAAAUUGUGCCGCAUGUCCUGCCCUUCAUCAAGGAGAACAUCGAGUCGCCCAACUGGCGGUUCCGUGAUGCCGCCGUAAUGACCUUCGGAUCGAUUCUGAAUGGCCUGGAGACCAACACCCUUAAGCCGCUCGUGGAGCAGGCAAUGCCCACGCUCAUCCGGCUGAUGUACGAUACCAGUGUGAUUGUGAGGGAUACCACCGCCUGGACCUUUGGACGCAUCUGCGACAUCAUUCCCGAAGCGGCAAUCAACAAGACCUAUCUGCAGACCCUGCUCGAGUGCUUCGUUAAGAGCCUGAAGUCGGAGCCCCGUGUCUCGGCCAACGUUUGCUGGGCCUUCAUUGGACUGUCGGAUGCCGCCUACGAGGCAGCCGUGGUCACCGAGGGCGAGACCCCAGAGACCUAUGCUCUGUCCCCGUACUUCGAGUACAUUAUCACCCAGCUGCUGGAGACCACAGACCGAUCCGAUGGAGCCCAGGCCAAUUUGAGGGGAGCUGCCUAUGAGGCACUGAUGGACAUGAUCAAGAACUCGCCCCUGGACUGCUACUUGAUUGUGCAGCGGACCACUAUCGUGAUCCUGGAGCGCCUCAACCAGGUGAUGCAGAUGGAGACGCAUAUUAGCAACCACAGCGAUCGCCAUCAGUUCAACGAUCUGCAGUCCCUGCUCUGUGCCACUCUCCAGAGCGUCCUGCGAAAGGUUCGCGAACAGGAUGCCCCCCAAAUAUCGGACGCCAUUAUGACCGCUCUGCUGACCAUGUUUAGCUCCAGCGCCGGCAAGUCUGGUGGCGUGCAGGAGGAUGCCUUCCUGGCCGUCUCCACCUUGGUGGAGCUCUUGGGCGUGCAGUUCGCCAAGUACAUGCCCGCCUUCAAGGACUUCCUGAUCAUGGGCCUGAAGAACCACGAGGAGUAUCAAGUGUGCUGUGCCUCCGUUGGUCUAACUGGCGACAUCUUCCGUGCUCUCAAGGAUCUGAUGGUGCCCUAUUGCGAUGAAAUCAUGUCCGUAUUGAUGCUCAACCUCUCCGAGCCGACUCUGCAUCCCAGCGUUAAGCCGCAAAUCUUGUCUUGUUUCGGAGAUAUCGCCCUGAGCAUUGGCAGCCACUUUGUCAAGUAUCUGAAUGUGGUGCUGGAAAUGCUCUUCGGCGCAUGCACCCUCCAGACGGAUUCCAACAACUACGACAUGAACGAGUACAUCAGCGAGCUGCGCGAAAGUGUCCUCGAAGCCUACACUGGCAUCAUUCAGGGCCUGAAGGGCCUGGACCAGACCGCCCACCCCGACGUUAUGCACAUGGAACCACAUUUGAUGCACAUCAUCAGUUUCAUUAAGCGCAUCGCUGAGGAGGGCGAUGUCUCCGAUUCGAUGAUGGCCAGUGCCGCCGGUUUUAUCGGCGACUUGUGUACAUCCUUUGGACCGGCCCUAUAUCCGCUGCUGGACGAUGUGGUGAUCAACCAGUUCCUGGCGGAGGGCAAGCGAUCCAAGGGACAGCGCACCAAGAUGCUCUGCACCUGGGCCGCCAAGGAGAUCAAGAAGAUCAACACCCAGGUUAUUCAACAGUAAUUUCAUCCCUGCUAGAGGUUAAUGUUUCCCUCAACAUUGUAUGUUAUGCAGCCAAACUGCUAUGAGUGAUAAAUGAGGAUGAGACCGGCACUUGAAUGAUUGGUGGUGACUCUGAAACCUUAGGAUCUUAGGACCCCCUCGACCCUAAUCAUGGUGAGAGCUGAGAGCCACGCCUGCAAGAACCUUUGAAAGUCUAUGGCUGUGUUAUGCGAAAUGUGUCUGAGAAUUGAGUUUGAGAACCUGAUAUGAUGCUGGUGGUGCUUGUGCAUUGAAUGGUGUGAUGAUAUUGGCAUUAAUGGUUGUUGUGAAAGAAGAUUGUCCGAAUCACCAAACUAAUCCGAAAACACUCAUCAUUUAGCACAAAAAUUUCUAUAUUUUAUACAUAACUUACAUGACUAUCUUUAAAUGUAAGAAUGAAUGUGUGCAACUGUGACUGUAUGGUAUCAUUCCAACAAAAAAAUCGAAAGAAGAGAAAAUUAUAAAAUAUUAAAGGAAAAAUUGUGAGUUUAUGUGGACUCUUGAUUUUGUUAGAUUUAGUGGUUAAGUACGAAUUUCAUGUCAUUUAGUGUAAGAAGGCUGGUAAACGGUUGAAAUGCAAGCUCCAAGCCCUCCUUUUUUGGGGCUAUAUCGAGGACUUGCAUCUUGAUCCUUACCCGGUAUGCAAGUGGUUGUCGUCUGAAGAAAAAUCUU